AUGUCGGGUCGAGAAGUGGAAUCAGCCCUUCAUCUUGGCCUUGUCUUUCAACAAAUUCCAGAAACGUCAACGGUACCAGCAACAUCUGGUGAGACGUCACGUAAGCGUACGGCAGAUGUGGAACCCACUGCAGAUGUUCCAUCGGCAAGUCGCCGUCGUCGUAAUGCUAACACGGAUGCAUCAUCAUAUAUUAGGCCUACAUUUCCCAGUUGCUGCGUUAACGGUACGUUAUUCUAA